AUGUUUCGUCCGUUGUCGACGAAGAAGCUGCCGCGGUCCAAGAGCAAAACGCGGCAGAGGUGGCGGCUGUUCCACGCGACGGACUUUCAAUCCCUGAUGUAUCCCUGCUUCAUCUUCUGCCACGUGAUCGGCAUAUUUCCAUACAAGAUCAACGCAUCGGCCUUUUCGGGCAGCAAAGCGCGCUACAUAUUGUCCACGUUCGUUCUCCUGGUCUUCUGCGGCUACGGUCUGGUGGUGUUCUACCAGACGGACAUCUCCGACACACUCAAGUACAACACCGUGCCCGCCGCUCUUCAGGGUAACUGCUACUACAUCCUCGGGGGCAUCAUAGCGAUCGUCACGUACGUCAUGAGCGGCCAACGAAUGCGCUUCCUUCAGGCGCUGCAGGAGAUCUCAUCGAGACUGCCGCCGGAGUCGUACCACAGGCUGUCCUGGCUGAUCCAUGCCAAGGAUAUCUUUGGCUUCUUCUUCCUGCUCGGCCAGGCGCCGAACGCUUACUCGCCGAACGUUUACCAAGCCUUGGCGAAGGUGUACAUGCUGUACAUCACCCUGCUGGUCUUUCAGAUCGACAUGCUGUACAUGAAUUGCGUGUGCGUGCUGAAAGCCUGCUUCAAGCGGAUCAACGAGAACCUGGCGAACCUGCGGGAGCUCGUGACGAGCGACGAGCCGCAUCUCCUCAGGAGGAUCUAUCACGAGCAGCGAAAUCCGUUCCUGCUGAUGGAGCUCAAGGCUCUGAAGAAGAGGCACCUGAUGGUCAGCGACACGGUGCAAAUGCUGAACUCGACCUUCAGCCUCCAACUGCUCGCUACCGUGGUCAUGACCUUCGGCGAGAUCACGUUCAGUCUGUACUUCUAUAUACUGAAGUGGCACGGCGAGCCCACCGCCGACCCAGGAAGACGGAUCUGGUACUCGUAUUACACCAUGCCAAUAGUGUAUUACGGCGUGAAAAUAGCGCUGAUGGUGUGGGCCUGCGAGACCGGCAAGGAGCAGGCAGCGGAGAUCGGCACCACCGUGCACGACGUGCUCAUCAGCACCGGCGACAAGCAGAUCAAGGACGAGCUGCAGCUGUUCUCCCUGCAAAUACUGCAUCGCGAGAAUACAUUCUCCGCGAAAGGUCUCACCGUGGACGCGACACUUCUCACCGCGAUAGUGGGGAGCAUCACUACGUACCUGUUAAUUUUAAUACAAUUCAUGGUCACGGCAAAUGCUUGCGUCAAAACCGCAUCAUCAAACAGUACAGUAUCUUAA